GGGACUUCCACUACGGCGCCCUACCUAACACUUACUCAAAAAGGCACCACCCCCCCCUUCGAAUUCACUACUUCAGCGACCACUAAUCAUGAGGCAGUGUCUCUAGGACCGACCGUCACUGGCAGGGUGCGCUGAAAACUCGAGGCUGGCACUGCAUACCACUUAGGCGACUAAAUUUAUCAUGCUACUUCCCAGGAACACACUAGUUACUGCGGUAUUAAAUAACACACCGUGACACAGUCCUUGACUAAAAAUGCAGCUGCGCACAGGCGGGGCUUGUCCCAUCCCUCAGGGUGUCCGUCUGGUACUGACACAGUCUGUGACUGCGCCGAAUUAAUUUUGCUUCAUCGUGACCACGUUUUGCUAUUUCCUUUCUUCUUUCCUAUAUUACAUUCAACUUCUUCAUCUUUCGAUUUCGCUGACUACGUCAGUCCCCCCUUUUAAUGGCUUCAAAUACUUCCUGGAACACGUUUCGGAAAUUUCGUCGCAUUGUUCUUGCUUUUGCCUCGAUUGUUUCCUUGACAUGGUCCAUCAUCAUAGCCGUGUACAUGGCCAACAAUUGGUCAGGCUACAAUUCCGGCGAGCGCGGAUUUCUGUUCGGUCUCGUUGCUCUCGACUUCGUUGCUUCGAUUUUGUUGUAUCUCAUGAUUGUCGUGCAAUAUCAUUUUUGGCCUGACGCCGCGCGAACGGCAGUACUUUUGAGUCUUGACGUCGCCGGUGCCGUAGUCUUCAUGAUUCUUAGCCCAAAAUUUCCGUGUAACGCUUUCGGCUCUACUGCAAAAUGUCAUAUUAUGACAAUGACGGUCCUCAUAGGAUCUUGGGCCAUUUCCGCACUGAUGCUUCUGUAUGCCAUUUGCCUGCCUUUCGUGAUUUCUAUCCCUCGUCCACCCAGCCCAACUCAAACUGACGAUUUGGAGAAUAAACCUGAUGUUUUGGAGGUCACGGAAGAUCUGCACAUGUCUCAUGCGUCGUCUGCGUCUCAAGCGUGGCUCUUCAAAAAGCAGGAGAUGUCUCCUGAGGUCCCUGCGUCGGAGCUUCCGUUACCCCAACACAUCCCUGCUGACUACCAGCUUCCCAGCAAUGCUGUGUCACCGUCGUCGUUGCACAUGCCACGACAAGAAACGCGUGAUGAUCGCAUCGAAUUGGAGAUGCUAAAUACUGCUUCAGUCUAUUCUGACGCAUCUCCUCAAUAUAGCACUGUGAGAACUAUCCGUGCUCUAGACAUUGCCGACAGAAGCCUGAAUUCAUCUGGCUCAUCCUCUCCGCGACAAUACUCACCUCACUUGGAUCCUCUUCAGUCAUCCGUUUUGCCGAACCCCUUCGUCGGCGAGGCUUUGGAUGCCAAUCGUGAUUCAGUGGCCAGCAGCCUCUAUGGAUCCACUUAUGAAUCUCCCACAGUCCCCGUACCACUCGCUGAGGCACCUCAUCGAACCUUGAGUGUGAUCACGGGAAGUUCGGCCUCAGUGUAUUCCCAAGGAACUAUGUUUGCCCGUGCCAGAACUACAUCCCCCGCCAGUGCAACUACUCGUCUGAUUGCAUCGCCGUCGAUGUCGCGCUCCCCUGUUCACCUAUCUGUACAUUCCAUGAUGGCUAGCGUUCACGAUCAUGCGGAGUAUCAGGCUGCAAGAGGUGAUUACGACACUCCCAGCGAUGGCUUUUUGGCUCCCCCGCUGACUGCUCUUCCCACACCACAACUCUCUGCAGGACCACAUGAACCCACGUUUGAACUUCACCUUUCCGAUGUCCCCAGAAGAGAUUCUCAGGACGAAUCAUUGGAUUUUCCUCGGGACGUAGUGCAAGAUCCUGUUCAACAUCCCCCACUAGUGCGGCCCAGCUUGCAACAUCUUCGCAAUGAUUCUACAAACUCUAAUAUCGAUCUGGACGGGUGGAGGAGACUCGUGCUUAGCGCUGCUGGGCGAGAACAAUGAUCUUAGAUUUGGACUUUCACUUAUAGUAAUUUACAUUGGCAUGUAAUGGUCUGCCAAUAUGACCUGGACUUGUACUUGAGGCCCAUGUACUUAGUACCCGUAGUACCCGUAGCUGCCUUAUGAGGAUGACGUACGUCGACUUAGACCUGUCAAU